AUGGAAAGAAGCUAUCACUCAACCAUCGCGGAAGAUGCUCAAGAUGUGCCUCCCAGUGAGGCGAGAUUAAAGAAUCCUCCAAAGCUCAUGACUCGUUCACCAAGUUCUACUGUUUCAGUCUCAUCCACAGUAGCCAGGGCAUCGACGCCCACUUCUUCGCCGAAAUCGACAAAAAACCAGGUACAUCAAUCGGGAAAUGCAUCCAGUAUCAGUGACCGUGAUCCAGAUGCAGAUUCCACAUCAGUAGCCCCUCAGAAUCCCACCUCUCAUCCAUUUGCCCAUACAACCGCCAAGUUGGUUCUCAUUCCUUCAGUUUCGACCGUGGAUGGCAUCGAUGUGGAGGAGGAGGCCAGGCUCUAUGAUGAGCUGAGCAGAACCUACGAGGACGAAACUGACGAUUUCACGCGUUCGAAUACCCCUGUGCGCACAGCUAGGCCAGCGAAGCAAUCUUCUUCCAGUCGGCCCCGCCCGCGAUCUCUACCACCUGAAUCAAUAUUCUCUGCCGAUAUCUUCCUCGCAGACAACACUGGGAACACCCCUGCGGGAGCCGCUCCCCUCUUCGCACAAGAUGUGCGCAUUGCAGGCUGGUCAACCGUUGGAGACGGCGGGGGCAAAUUCGGCUCGAGCAAAACCAUAGGAGGCAGCGGUGCAUAUGUUGUUUAUGACUGUGUAAUCACAACGCGGGAAGGAACGACAAUGCACGUUCUGAAGCGAUAUAGUGCCUUCGAGGAGCUGAGGUCAAGUCUAAAGAGGACAUUACCUUCAUCGUUACUUCCUCUCAUACCCUCCCUUCCUCCCAAGUCCGCUCUGGGGCGUUUCAGACCUGCAUUUUUGGAUUCUCGGAGGAAACUCCUUCAAUUCUUUCUGGCAUCUGUUUUAUUGCAUCCAGAAAUUGGUGGGCGGGAUGUCAUAUCAUCUUCAACGAUCGCCUAUGACAACAUCAAAAUGCCCGAAUCUAAAAUCAUUUAA